CCCAACAUGAGGUGGAUCUGAAUAAUUGAUGUGCGUCACACAGGAAAUUACCGAUUAUCUCUUUGAAAUGAGACGCAUGAAGGAACCUCUUUUUGAUUCGCGACAUUAAUGAAUUUAAAUGACUAUGAUUCAAGUCUCAGCUAGUUGAAAUCUCCGUACAUGGAGUUCCUGAAGUUACCUGUAAACACCCUCAGCAACAGUCGUCGUCGUGUUGUCCCAGAGGGACUGAAGGAUUGAGGCGCGUCAUUUCCCGCUGCUCCUGCGCGCUGAAACCACGGAAACAUGACUUUUAUUAAACUCGAAGAACAAUAAUAUCGACGUGAUUUAUUCUAUCUUCACUGGGGAUUAUACUAUGUGAAUAAUAAUGCGGAUACAGGUCUCUCUCAUUACCUUGAUCCUCAUCUACACAUCUGCAACAGAGGCUCAAAGCUCCCUUCCUCCUCCCACCAAUGUGUCUAUCCGGUGUGACAACUAUGGAGUUGAAGUACACUGGCAAUAUCCUCAUCUCAGCAACGGUGUCCUCUUCCAGGUGGUCAUCAAGCCAGACAUCUGGAUGAGGGUUGAAUCCCACAUUACCAGGAAGCACUCUUUAAACAUAUCCAGUAUGCUGUGGAACCCGGAGUUCAAUAGAUACUUUGUCACUGUGACGGCCAUCUCAGGAAUAAACAAGUCUAAGGAAGCGAAAUCAGAAAGAUUCAGCUUCAAUAAAUAUGCAACAAGCAAAAUUACGUGUCAGUUGGACUUCCCUGAGGUUAAACUGUCUCCCAAAGACGGAAAACUUCACCUUCAGUUCAGCAAUCCUCUGCAACUCUACAAAAACUCACCGGCUCUGCACAAUGUCACCGACAGUCUUCAAUAUGAUGUUAAAACCGAAGAGGUAAAAGAGGAAAAUACAUUCAGCUGUGGAUUGGAGCUUAAAAUAUGUGAGACUUCCAUUGAAUUUGCCGAGGAGAGGAAGAAAUACUGCAUCAAUCUCACGGGACUGAUCGGACAGAGAGAGCUCAGGCCCACCUCCAAGUGUUACGAAGGAGACAUUAAAAGCUAUAAGGUCCUGUUUUCAGUGCUGGGAGCUGUUUUAAUGCUGUUGUUUAUAGCUGGUUUAUUAUUGCUGCUAGCAAAUGAAUUAAUCAAGAAAUUGAACAUGAAAGCCGAAUCUGCUCUUCGCAAGUUCUUGGUUUUCCCACCAACACAAACAGACCUGUGCAAACCUUCGAAACUGGAGGAGGAGUAUGUGGUCAGAGACCUUCAGAUUGUACCGCUAAUAUGCAUCGGGGACCCUAUAGAAAAUGCAUCAUCAUUAAUAGAGAUCUGCAAUCAGGACCAGUCCUCAGAUUGGCACAACACUUCCGGCAGCUCCGACCACAACUGCAAGAAUGUGCGAGGCAAUGAGCUGGAAGAUGACUAUUCCAGUGGAUUUAAUGACCUUGUCAAAACUGAGUCAAGAAUGGGGUCCACCAGUGACCUAUCGGCAGGGUAUGACUGUCCACAUGUCACGAAACAAGAAAUGAGUCCUGACGAUAUGGUAGAAGUUUACGGAAUCUACUAAAGCACCUUGGCGCU